ACAUAAACCUCAAUUCUGGCGCGCGUGCUACAGAAAUUGGCGAAAAUGUUUGGCGAACUUUGUGUGGAUUUGGGAGCGAAUUGUAGAAAUAAUUGGAAAUAUUUUUAGUUGUUACUCUCAUUUCAAGAGGAGCUAUCCAGCUUUUUUGUCCUGAGGUUGAAAUCUGUACGUAUUUCAAACAAUUAUCUGGGAUUACAUUUCUCAUGCCACGAUGCCGACAGCGCUGACGGAGUGUCUUUCCAUCGAGAUGGCGGCGUCGGAGCCCUGGGCCCCGGACGCCGUCCUCUAUACACCCUACAUCACAGAACAGAUCCUUUUGGCCGAUAGCGCCCAGUGUGUGGCCGUCCAGGCGUUCCUGCGCAUGUGUAACCUCGAGUACACGGUCGAGCAGCGGGCCAACGCCGAGAACAUGUCUCCCUCCGGCCGCGUGCCGCUGCUCAGGUGCGGCAAAUUCGUCAUCUCCGAGUUCGACCCGAUCGUGGCGUUUGUCACCAAGAAGGGCGUCGUGCUGAAUAGCUUGGACAGCAAGCAGCAGGCGGACAUGCAGGCAUUCAUAUCGCUCGUGCACAACAUCCUCGGUAACGCCGAGCUCUACCUGUCCUGGCUGGACGGUGAGACGUUCGAGACGGUCACGGCGCCCCGCUACGGCUCGUUCCAGCCGUGGCCGCUGGGCGGCGUUCUCACCUGGCUCCGCCGACGCAAGAUGGCAGCACGGCUGCAGGCGCUCCAGUGGGCUGACAAAUCGCUGGAUGCCGUAUACGCGGAGGUGGACACGUGCUGCCGCGCGCUCUCGGAGCGUCUCGGUCGGGAGACGUACUUUUUCGGCAGCCAGCCGACCCCGCUGGACGCCCUGGUGUACGGCCACCUGUACACCAUCAUCACUACACCGCUGCAGGACACCCGGCUGGCCAGCAUAGUCAACGGCUACAGCAACCUGGUGCGGCUCACCAACCACGUGGACGCAGAGUACUUCAAGGGAAUCGAGAUCAUCGGCUAGGGCGAUAGAGCCGCGACGGAAGGCGUCGCUCGACCGUCGGCAGAGUAGAGAGAGAGCGAGGGAGAGACUGGAGAGAGUGUGAGAGGGUUAUGAAGCGGACUUUUGAGGUGAAUGGAGGACGUGGGUAGUGAUCGCUUGCUGAGAUAUUCUUGUAGAAAUGCAAUGGCUUUGUGAUACGUCAGUGCUGCUUGAAGUGUCGUCAGGUCACCCGUUGCGAAUUGGAGUUCGUCUUGGGUUAGGCGGUGUCUGAGACUGCCAGGGCCGCUGGCUGGCGAUGUAUAUUGUUGUGUGUCUUGUUGUUAUACCUGGGACUCGCGAUGAGUCUGUGACUUUGAAGCCAUCGUUGAGAUCGUGCAUAUUCGUUGACUACGGAAUACACGGAUCUUAACGAAAGGA